AUGCGCUGGCUGCUCCUCUUGGCGCAUGCCUCCUUGGCCUCGGGUGGGGAAAGGAUGCUGGGACUCUGCGAUGAUGGUGCACCCAGUGACGGUGUGUUGGCCAGCUACUGGCUAGUCUCCACCUGGCACGGUCACCAGGGUCGGAUGGAUCUCAAUGAGCUCCGCGAGUACAACGUCAGGCCCUUAUUUUUGCACCACUGUCUGGUGCAGACGGACGUGCGAGAGUUUCUGGACCAGGCCUGGGUGGCUGGGCUUCGGGUUGUCGUGGAGCUCCAGCCAUCGCUGUACGUCGAGCCCGGCGUCGGCUGUUUCACCACAGGCUUCGACUGCUACGAUCGCAUCAAGGUGGCUUAUCGGCAGCUCCUGAGCCAAGGAGGAAUCUGGGCCGACGGCGAGUACCACCCGGCCGUUCAGGCACUCCUGCUGGCAAGGGAUCCUGUUUCCCUGGCCUUGGAGCGAGGAUUCGGAGCUCGUGCGGCCCUGCUGGGCGUCGUCUCUGCCUGGGAUGGCGUCCUGGGUGCGGAGAUGGAUUUCGGUGUGGCCAGACCUGUGCCCCUCGACAUCACCGUCUUCCUCCCCAUGGACCUUCCCGGUGAGACGCAAGCAGGUGCAGAAGGAUGCUUCCGACGCAAGGCCUCCCAGGGCGGCUGCGCUGGCUCCCACUCCCUGCGAGGGCUGUAUGUGGCAGCUUAUCAAGAGCCGGGAUGGAAGCGGACCUUGGAUGAGCCCGACCUGACUCGACGGGGCUUCUGGCCACCGCCGGAUCCGCCGAUCGAUGAGGCCAUCUACGUUCCGCAUAACGACGUCUUCAACUCCUUCCUCGACCGCUGGGUGCAGAUGUUUCAGCUGUCCCCGAGCUUGGACGAGAUUGUGAAGUUCUCCCGGGACGCCUCGAACCCCAGCAAGUCCUGCAAGGCGCAGGGUGUGGACCUCCGUGUCCACUACAAGAACACCUAUGAGACUGCCCAGGCUGUCAAGGGUAUGACUCUCUCUGCGGCCAAGCAGUAUCUUGAGGAUGUUUGCGAGAAGAAGCGCUGCAUUCCCUUCCGCAAGUACACCGGAUGCAUCGGUCGCACCCCUCAGGCCAAGGAGUUCAAGGCCACGCAGGGCCGCUGGCCAGUGAAGUCUGCCAAGAUUGUCCUCGGAUUGCUGAAGAAUGCGGAGGCGAAUGCUGAGUUCAAGAACCUCGCCACCGAGAACCUGUACGUCUACCACGUCCAAGUCAACGCCGCCCAGCAGGGCCGCAGGCGCACCUACCGCGCGCACGGCCGCAUCGGGCCAUACAUGAACUGCCCUUGCCACGUGGAGAUGAUCUUGCAGGAGAAGGAGGAGGGCGUCGAGAAGCCUGCUGAGGAGGAGAAGCCCAAGAAGUUCACCAGGAAGCAGCUGGCGAAGCUCCGCCUCCCAGUGGGUGGUGACAAGUGA